GAUUUAAUUCGGAUGAAUGUGUAAAGAAAAUUACACUUUCAGUAUGUUUAAAUUAAAUACUAGUAAAUAAUUUGCCUACUAAAAAUCCUAAACACACAACACAACCACAAGCUACAGAAUUUUGUUGUUUAAUUUUCCUUUUAUUGUUAAAACUUUCCCGGGAAAGAGAACGAGAAAGAAGAGGGAAACAGGAAAUGAUAUGAAUCUCCCUUCUCUCACAUUCACCCGUUAUCCCCCUCACCAUCUUGUUUCUCCUCUCUAUUCUAAACUUCCCAAAGCCACUGCAAGGGGAAAAAGUGUCGAUAGUGUUGCAAUUGAAGCUCGUAAUCUGAAUUUCUCAUUCACUGCAAAGCAAACCAAGGAUGUGACUGUUCUUAGAGAUUGUUCGAUUCGCAUUCCUUCUGGGCAAUUUUGGAUGCUUCUUGGUCCCAAUGGAUGUGGAAAAUCAACACUUUUGAAAAUUUUGGCUGGUUUGUUGAUUCCAACUUCAGGAACAGUAUAUGUGAAUGGACCUAAAAGUUUUGUUUUCCAAAAUCCAGAUCAUCAGGUGGUGAUGCCUACCGUAGAUUCUGAUGUUGCAUUUGGUCUUGGUAAAGUUAAUUUGGCUGAUGAUGAAGUCAGAUCUAGGGUGUCACAAGCUUUACAUGCUGUUGGUUUAUCUGACUACAUGAAGAGAUCUGUCCAAACUCUGAGUGGUGGUCAGAAGCAGAGGGUUGCCAUUGCUGGUGCUCUAGCAGAAGCUUGUAAGGUUCUGUUGUUGGAUGAGCUCACAACUUUCCUAGAUGAAACUGACCAGGUUGGAGUUAUCAAAGCUGUUAGGAACUGUCUGGAUACUUCUGAAGAAGUUACAGCAUUAUGGGUCACCCAUCGUUUGGAAGAACUAGAGUAUGCAGAUGGUGCAAUCUACAUGGAGGAUGGAAAGGUAGUCAUGCAUGGUGAUGCGACAAAAAUACGGAGUUUCAUUGAAGACAGACAAUCUGCCUAUAUUAACCAGAUUAAUUCUUAAAUAAAUAUCUAAAACAGGUACUGGUGCUCUAUGCACCGGUUCAUACUACUCAUGUAUCGAUGCAUAACUAUGUUCCUCGUGCAUGAAUCAGUUUGUGCAGGGCAUGUAUUGAUUCAUAGGGUCCCAGUUUUAUAAAACUGCAUCCUGGAGCUUUAUGCACAGAUUCACAGAAUGUAUGCACCUACUCAUAAGGUUCCAGACGCGCAUUUGUUUAAGCCAGGGAGGCCUAUGCACCGAUUAAUACUUUUAUGAACCGAUUCAUACACGAAUUUCCUGCAUAAUUUGUAAAACAGAAACUUCCCAAAACAGAUUGUAAAUAAUGUAUUUGCAUUAGAUUCCAUGAACUUCUAUUUGUAUCUAAAAAUGGUUUUUUGUUA